AUGUCCAAUCCUCUCUCACCCUUGGCUGCCUCCCGGCAGAACACGCGAGCCAUUUCUAUCCGCCAAAGUUCCAAUUACGACGUUACCGAGUACAAUGAACAGAGGCAGGAGAUUGAUAACGAUGACUCUGUAUCUGACCAAGCUCUACAAAGCUCGCCAUUCCGGUUCGAUGCGAGGGACGAUACAGUCGAUAUGCAGAUGUUGCAGAAGCACCAAACGUCGCUGGGUAUGUCUGAGCGCUCUGCAACUCCCAGAAAACGGUCCUAUGAUCAAGCACCUGAUGUUCACGAAAUCGAAACCGGGGAAAGUGAUAGGUACAAGAAAUCACCUGGACGGAGGGAUAUACCAGAUGUCAAUGUCUAUGCCGACGAGGAUUCGGGGUAUAGUCACGAUCUAAGCUUCCCUGGCGGUGGGGGCCAAAACAUUGCGAGCAGUAUGGUGGAGGAAAAGCGACACGAAGGCAUGAGCACUGUUCUUGGCGAGGACAGGCCGCCGGUCUCUUCGAGAGACGGCAGCGGCCAGGACGUUGAUGACACAAAUGACGCGAUGACUGAUGAGGAGUCUCACGACCCUAUGGAUGAUACAUGCUUUAGUACAUUCUCUGCGGUUCCGAAUGUCGAUAUGACGGCAUUUGCAAACCUACCAGGGGGUUCUCCAUUCAAGAGCCCGCGACCUCUGCCGGAUUUCCCCGUCGAACCCGAACAUAGGCGUGAGGGUAUGGAGUCGCCGAAGAGGUCUCCCAGGAAAAAUGCCCUCAUUGAUAUGAGCUCCCCUGUUGGAUCGCCCACCCCUCGAAAGAGAGAUAGAGAUGAUCAGAGUACGAACGGAACUCCAAAUUUGUUGGAUUUGACAGAUCAAAUCGGUCUUUUCCCUCGUCGUCAACGAUUCAGUAUCCAACAUGAAAGAUACACUCCUUCGCGCCGGUCACCUUUAAAAACCCCGAGGGAAUCAAUGAGAUCGCCAGCAAAAAUGAGCCUCCUGGAUUUUGAUAUACCGGCCGCCCCCACCCCUCGAUCCCUUCCAACUAUCACGCCUCGGGAGCUGGAGUCAUUGAAGUCGGGCUUUCUCUCGGAGAUAUCCUCGCUCAAAGCUACACUCAGUGGAAAAGAGGCUGAAGUCUCUAGUCUCAAGAAAGCCGUGUCGGAUGCUGAACGUCGGGUUGGAGAAGCAUUAGAAGAAGUUCGCAAUGAGGCUGCUCGUAAGGAGGCCCUGGAGAUUGAGCAGGCAGAGUGGGAGAGAAGGGGCCGAGAAAUGGAGGAUGUGCUGCGAUCUGUCAAGGCUGAUAUCCUUGAGGGCGAACAGGAGCGUGAACGCUUACAGAAGAAAAACGAGGAAGCGGAGAAAAGCAAGGAGCAGCUUGAAAGUCGAGUUGUCGAGCUCGAAACCCAACUAACUUCGGCCCGUAAAUCGGCAACCUGCGACAAAGGAGCGUCCGAAAAUGCGGCUCCAUUGUCGGCGAAGACAGCAGAAGAGACCGCAAAGGAAAUACAGGACGCGGUUGAGAAAGUUGCCCGUGAUCUCCACUCGCUGUAUAAGGAGAAGCAUGAGACCAAAGUUGCAGCUCUUAAGAAGAGUUACGAGUCACGCUGGGAGAAACGCUUGCGUGAAGCCGAGAAAAAGCUGAAAGCUGCUAGUGACGAGUGUGAGCGUGUUAAAGCCGAGCGAGAUGCCACAUCGCAGGAAUCUGCGCGACCUGAUGCCAGUAUGAUGGCCCGUGAGAAUGAAGAGCAUGAAGCAGAGAAGCACGUCCUUGAGGCUCAAAUCAAGGGUCUUCGGCAGGAAAUAUUAUCCCUGAAGAGCGACAGCGAACAGUUGCGUAUCGAACUCAAGGCAGAAAGGGCUGAGAAGGGCGACCUCGUAGCUCUCGUGGAGGAGUGGCUGACGAUGCAGAAUCAAUCCACUCAACCAUCGCAGUCCAAAAAUGAUAAUACGACUCCGGAGCUAGUCUCACAUGAGCAGCUUCGUCCAACGGAUGAUUUCGAGCGGGAGGUCCCUCACAGCAGCUCCAGCGGUCUUCGUGGCCCAAGUUCAGGAUCCAGCUCUAGCUCUGGUCACGGAGAGAGGAAGAUCCCAAAAAUCGGAGCUUCAGGGGCGCGGCAUGUGCGAGGGAACAGCGGUGGCAAGUCCGGUAUUGCUAUUUUCACACCAGGCCGCAGUGGUAUCAUGGGCUCUAUCGAACGAAUGGGCCGUGGAGGCGCUGCUUAG